CACCGAGGCUGAACGCGCUUCUGUCAAAAUUGCUUCUAUCGGAGCUCCGAACACAGCUAUCGAACUUGUGUUGUCAAGAAAGUUGAGUGUUGUUUGGUAGCUAACGGCGCUGAACAGCACCUCUUAUCCAACAGAACUUGUUGAAAUACCGAACUGAAUGACGAUGAAAGAAGAUAAAGAAAAUACUCGUCCAAGGGAGAAGAAAGUGGAUAUGAAAUGUGACGAUACUGAAAAGCCCGAUAAACCAUGUAGCAAAGAGAAAAAGGAGGCAAUGACCAAGAUUGUCAUCCGACGUCUACCUCCGAGUUUAACCAAGGAGGAACUGGAAGAACAGCUUCAACCCAUGCCAGAAGUUGAUUACCUCGAGUUCUUCUCAAACGACACAAGCCUGUUUCCACACUACUUCUCCAGAGCGUACCUAAAUUUCAAGAACCAGGAUGACAUCGUGCUCUUCAGGGAUCGAUUUGAUGGAUAUGUAUUUAUCGACAGCAGAGGUCAGGAAUACCCAGCCAUCGUUGAGUUUGCGCCAUUCCAGAAGGUUGCCAAAAGGAGAAGCAAGAAGAAGGAUGCCAAAACAGGAACCAUUGAAGAAGACGGUGACUACCGGAAGUUUCUGGAGUUUUACAAUGGAGAAAAUGAUGAGAAGCUGACCUCCACACCAGAGACUCUACUCGAAGAGCUGGAAGCCAAAACAAAAGAGCUUAUCUCUAAGAAGACCACUCCGCUUUUGGACUUCCUGAAGAAUAAACAGAGAAUAAGAGAGGAGAAGAAAGAAGAGAGGAAGCGACGGGAGCUGGAGCGGAAACGCUUGAGGGAUGAAGAGCGACGCAAGUGGAGAGAGGAGGACAGGCGGAAGAGAAAGGAGGCUGAGAAACUGAAGAAGGCAGAGAAGGCCCUAGAAAAGGAAAAAGAGCAGUCGAAAGAUGAACCCAGGAUCAAGCUCCUCAAGAAGCCUGAGAAGGCAGAUGAGGGCGAUGGAGAGAAGCCCAGAGAAAAGGUGAAGAAGACGGAGCGAGAGCGAGACAGGGAGAGAGAGCCAAAGGCGAAGGAGGAGCGUGGACCCCCAGGCCCCGACCUCAAGAAACGCCAGAAUGGAGAAAACCGAGAGGAGCGGACGCCAAGAAAGGUAGAUGACGAGGGCCGCAAAGACUACAGAGAUCGCGACGCGGACCGAGACAGGGACCGAGAUCGUGAACGGGACCGCGAACGCGAGCGCCGCCAAAAGGAGAAGGAGCGAAUCAGGAGGCAGGACGAGGAUCGCAGGCGGAGGAGGGACCACCACGACGGAGAGAACGCCUAUAAGAAGCGCGAGGAGGACGGAGGAGGGCGAGAGCGAGAGAAGAGGGAGCGCUGGGAGAAGCGAAGGAACGAGAACAGCGGCGAAGGGUCCAGCCACCAAGAGGCCAGAAACCAGAAACCAGAGAGGCCGCCCAAAGACCACAAGAAGGACGACGCGGCCAGGGAACGGCGCCUCAGGAACAAGGAUCGGCCAGCUAUCCAGCUCUACCAGCCAGGCGCCAGGAGCCGCCGGCCUGGGCCUUCCGGCGACACUGACGCAGCCAAUAAGAAGACGGAUGGCGGUGCCCCGACCAAUCAAGACAAAGGGGAGGAGUGAAGAAUUUUGGAUAUAUGCCACUGACUAGCAGAGCCUGUUGGUUAAACGUGAAAGGCAUCCUUUCACUCGGGGUGCCAAGGUUAACGCAGUUUGGAUCAGAUGUUGGGGUGUUCGUGAUGUAGGCUGUGCACCUUAAAAGAAGGGUAUGAGGUUGGAUGGCAAUACCUCGCUUUCCACUUUUUGGAAAGUUGGUGACAGCGGAUGAGUGUGGAGGAUGGGCCCACAUGAGCCUGAGUAAACCAGUCUUGAAUUGGUGAAGGGGGCAAAAUACCUUAGGCAGAGGCGGGAAAUGCAAUCCCUUACAACUUGGAUAUUAUCGCAGAAUUGGUUUAGGAGAGAUGAAAACCAAAGUCAUCUGUCAGAUCGGAAGUGACCUUAAUCGGUAUACAUUACUCAGCCGUGAUCGCUGCACCAUCAGCUGUCGUCUUUUCUUACAAAGUAUUUCUGUAAGGUUACAACACACGCCCUUCUUUUGCAUUGCAUACACACAAGGUUGAAACUGUUUCACGGUUUUACUCGAGAUUCUCACUGGGAAUUGCACUGUGCUGUCCGAAUACAACAUUUUGUCAUUGCCACAUUUUCAUCAGCUAUUAAGAUGCCUUUUGUUUUCUGUGUUUGUUUUAUGCAAGUCAUGUUUGCCAUAGUACUUGUACUAAGACCGGUGAUGUGCUCUACAAAGCUGAAAGUCAGGCUAUGCAGGCUAGGGUCCAACUAAAAGGCAUUCCCUAGUUCUGCAGUUAGAUACGUCACCUCAUCAUAAGCCACCCUCCUACCUGUUGUCAUAAUAAAUAAUAAACUAGCUAUUCAUAAUUCACACAUAGUUGCUACAUCAGGCUAAGAGCCUGUUAUAUUUUAAUUUUAUGAUUGCCACAGAAUUGUAAAACACAACUGAAUUCAAAUUUUAUUUUCAAAUAAAGCCUAUUUCAUCA